AUGAGCUUAGUAAGGGACAUGGAAUUUUAUGCCAUCAAACACGCUGUACAAGUAUGGGAACAUUACUUAAAGGGUAGGACUUUUGAACUAAACACUAUGCAUAAGUCUCUACAAACUGUUCUCCGUAGUACAGAUCAUAAUGAUCGUAUCCAGCGUUGGAUUAAUUUUCUGGCUCAAUACGAUUUCACCAUCAAAUAUAUUCCUGGUGAGACGAAUCACGCUGACGGCCUGUCACAUCUUCAGCUUGAUUAUGUCCGCUAUUUUGGUGCUAACUUUCCAUUAGGUGAAACAGGUGAAUUUCAGAAGAAGUAUGAGCAAGAUGUGUUUUACAAGAAGGUGAUAUCCAUAUUGCAGGGACUGUUGAAGUGCCCUAAGGAACUAAGGAACUAA